AUGGAACAGCCGCCUCCUUACCCCGGUCCACCAGGAUAUGGAAUCAAACAGCCUCUGCCCACAAAUCAACAGCAACCAGGCUAUCAAGCCACCACUACCACAGUGAUACAGCAACCCGGUCCUGUCUUCGUUGGGUUAAGGUUUCUUGAGAAUCCUACGGCUAUGAUUUGUCCUUUUUGUCAGGCCUCAAUUGUUACAAGCACUUUAUACACACCAGGAACACUGACUUGGAUAGCUUGCGGUGGGGUAGCGCUGAUGGGGUAAGAAAUCUCAAAUGGAUUUUCUCAAACUUUUUAACCGUACGCAAUGAGGCACGUUUGAUUUCAUGCAAGAUUGCAGUUUAAAAAGUUCAGAUCAUUUCAGUGACCCUUAUUUCCGAUUUUUUUUACUAAAUUAAACGGUUUUAGGUCCGUAGUAACACCCAUAAGUUUGAUUUCAAGGAAAUUUUACGAAUAAAAAAGCUAGUAAUUUCAGAAUUUGACGAUUGGUGGUAAUCAUGGUCAGCGUAAAGUGGAGAGGACCCAUUGUGGAUUGCGGACUGCGGAGAGUGCAGACCCUUUGAUAAGGUGGGGGGGUCUCCCUUCGGGCCUCAGUUUGGUCCAAAAAUAAGGGGGAGGGGGCAAGCCCCUACCCUGGAUCUGUCCCUGUAACCAGUGGGGCAAGGUAAAAUCUCAAAUGACAAAUGCACCAUACAUCACAUUCGCACUCAUCUACUGUAGUUUAAGAACAAAAAAAGUAACAGGCUAAUAGCUUACUAGGUCAAUGAAAUUGACAUGACACAGGCAUUUAAAUUUUCCUAUUUCAAAUGAGUGGCCGUAUUAACGGGGUGAAAUUAUAAAAGACAUCUACUGGUAGGGAUUUUAAAAUGUGGCCGUUGGCCGUAUUGGUGGUAGCCUGAAAUUCAUCCGAUUGCUUCGAGUCGUUUUCUCCUCUCAACAACUGAGGGAGUAAUAACGACUCGAAGUAAUCGGAUGAAAUUCAGGCUAUAUUGGUGGGUGACUGCAUUAAUGAGGGAUUUUUGUACAAAAAUGUAUGGCCAUUUUGGUGACCGUAAUAUCGAGGUGGCCAUAAGGUGGCGGGUUCCACUGUUGACAGAUGAGGUAUUCUGAGGUUUAGCCAGUUGAGAAUGUAGCCUGCAUAGCAGUCGUUUCUGUUUCCUUUAAGCCAAGCAGGAGAAACGAGAUGCGCAAGGAAAGGAGCAAAACAAUGCCCUGGCACGUCAUUAGUGCUUGCCCCACUUGGCUUUUUAAAGGAAACGCAAGUGACCGCUAUGCAGGCAGAUCGUGACAGAGAAUAUUAAUACUUCCAAAAAUCUGGGGGGAUUUGGUCUUAGAUCUAUAUAAUCUUAAGUUCAGGAAUGUGACUUUGUUGGUACCAGCCAACGCACGGAGCCUACCUACAAUAAUGGUGACCGAGCAUAUUUUCAGUUGGUGGCUCUGAAAUUGUGGAACAUCUUCUGGCAGAGAUCCGAAACAUUCAGAGCCUUAGACCUUUUAAAAGAGCUCUCAAAACGUCCUUUUUUAAUUGACUUAUUUAUUUUAUUCAAUUAUUUAUUUAUUUAAAAUAUAGCUUUCAAUUGACGUACAUUUUUAUGAUAGCUUUUAAUUGACUUAUUUUUAUCUUAUCGUCUGUAAUGUGCAUAUGAAAAUAUUCCUAUUGAAUAUAGGCAAGAUAAGUUUCAUAUUUAUUUAUGAUUAUUAUUAUCAGAAAAUUUAGUUAGUGUCUCUCUUUAAUUGUGUAUGCUUGUUACUUUCUCUGUCCACAGUGGAUGGCUUGGAUGUUGUUUGGUGCCAUUUUGUAUGGACUCACUUAAGGAUGUCAUCCACAGCUGCCCUAACUGCCAGAAACAAGUUGGCGUCUACCGACGAGUGUAA